CAUUAGAGAUUGGCUCAGUAGAUGAAACCAGUUGUUUCUCGCUCGAGACAGUAGUCGUUGUCUGUUUGUCGUGAAACGAGGGUCGUGUUAAACUCUUCUAGUGUCAGAGACGGUUAUCGCUACUAACUUGGCGACUGAUCAAACUGUUUUAGCUGCUUCAGUUUUCAUCACCGGUGUGCAUCGGCAUAACAGAUAUAAAGAUGAUUAAAGUGGAAGUGAUUAGUUUAAUUCUAGCCAUAACGUUAAUAGGAUGUGUUUUAUCAGAUGAAAUACUCUUACGGCAAGAGAGGGGAGCCAGACGACAAAACCGAAGAUUAGGAUGUAAAUAUAAUAAAAAUCCCAAGGUAACUGCCUGUGAUCCAGUUACUAAUACAUUCAAUAAAACAUUCACAUUAAAGAAGGGUGCAGAAGUAUGUGAAACCACCAUGGUUGUAACAAAACCUUGUAAUACUGGUGUGUGUAGAUAUAGAAAUAACGGCCCCUGGUCCGAAUGUGAUCCUGCCACAAACAUGAGAACUAAAACUAAAGUAUUGAAAAAAGGGGGUACAGAUUGUAAACCAACCAUGACUAAAACAAAGCCCUGUAAAGAUGAAACUGCUAAAAAAAGAAAAAAUAAACAAAAGAAACCAUGUAAAUAUGAAAAAGGUGAAUGGAGUGACUGUGAUAUGACAACAAACAUGAGAAAACGAGUUCUCACACUGAAGAAAGGUGAUCCAAAUGUGUGUGAAGGAAAGAAAACCGUUCUAAAGAAAUGCAAGAAAGCGUGUAAAUAUGAUAAAGGUAACUGGGGACCGUGUAAUCCUGUAACUAAUAAAAUGGAAAGAACUUUAUCUUUAAAGAAAGGCGACCCAGCCCAAUGUGAAGCUACUAGAACUUUAUCUAGAUCGUGUGGACGAGCAGCGUUUACCGCUGGGCCAACGUGUAAAUAUUCAUUUGGUGAAUGGAGUGAUUGUAAUCCUAGAACUAAUACCAUGACUCGAACAUUAACACUUAAAGCUGGUAAUGUCAACAUGUGUCCUAGAUCUAAAGAUCUCAGUAGAAAAUGUAGAAGUCGAUGUAAAUUUGUUAAAGGAGAUUGGUCACCGUGCGACCCAUCCACUAAUCUAAUGACCCGGAUUGAUAUGUUAGGAAAUGGGAAUAAUGCCUAUUGUGAGAAAUCCAGAACUAUUUCUAAAAAAUGUUUAAAAAACAAAAAAAAAUGUAAAUAUGAAUUGGGUGAUUGGAGUGAAUGUGAUCCUAUUACUAAAUUUAGAACCAGAACAAAGAAAUUAGUGAAGGGUGAUCCCCAAUCUUGUAAACCAGAACAAUCAUUGAAGAGAUCAUGUUUGAGAUCUAACGGUAAAGAAAGAUGUUUCUUCGGACCGUGGGGAGAAUUUGGUAAAUGUAUGAAUGGCGUUAUGACGAAAAAUCGACCAGUAUUACAAGGAGGAACAAUAUGUGAAAGAAAAGCCGUCAUUACAAAGGGGUGUAACUAAGUUAUUUCAAGAGCGGUUUAUUAUUAGGGGAAGGGUGGGUGGUAUAUACAAUGUAGAAAAAACAGGUUAUAGCUAUUAUGGUGGACAUUCCUAUCCUGCUUGAUCGAUCCUGCCAAAACCUGAAUUUUAACUGAAAAUUUCCGCAAUUUUGAUUUAACGUUGCAUUCGAAUAAUGUCGUAUUGACGAGAAUUGCGAGUUUCCAAUGGAAACUGACGCGCGUAUAUGCGUCAAUAGUCACAGUUUCAUACUCAAAGGUUACUUAGACUCUCGAGUAUGCCAAUAAAGAUAUUUUCAAGUUGGAAUCUUGUAACUACCGUCUAUACGACUUAACAGACAAUACGGGGAAUCUGCAUAAUAAAACAGAGAUAGAACAGACGAUAGACAAACACAGUGAGUUCAAACCGUACAAAUACAAUUGCCGAACACAAUAUUGUUUAAUAUCUAAUGAAAUUAACCAUAGAAUUAGCUGAAGUUAUGCCACCUUAAAAAUUGUUUUGUUAGAAAUAGACUGAGUAGGAUAGGAAUUGAAUGUUAGUUCUAUGAUAGACGGGGAGGUGCGGGGGUGGAUGGUCGAAUGGUUAGCGCCUGCGUGCUGUAUCAUAAGGUCUGUCAUUGACAAGGAGUAAGGCCGCCUGUCCAACCUUGUGGGUUUUUUCCGGGUCCUCCGGUUUCUCCCACUGCUAAAGACCCCUACGCGCAAGCGAAUUAUUGAAAAUUGAACCAUAUGUUAGUGCCGAAAUGACCUAGUUUGUGUCGUGUGGGCGUUAAAAUGAUUAGGAUAGGAAUUUGAAUUAAGUCCCCAGUUAGCACUCAAUUUUGUCAUGUGGUUGUAAAUUAAAUUAGAAUUGUCCAACACGAUAUUUUUCUUUUUUUUAUAUACAAAGUUUUGUGAUAAUGAUACAAAUAUUUUCUGACGAUGGAGAUACGUCGGAUUACCUGGGGAAAAACAGCAUAAGGGGAGUAACUCUUGUUCUAUAGUAGGGAGCAGACCACCACUGCAUUACACAUUAUCUUUAAUUCUUGUCUCUUUGCCGGUCUUUAACUUUUCUGCACAUUUGGGUACACAGAUAGAGGGAAUAAUUGGUGGUCUACCUCCAUUAGAAUUUGGUUUGUUUUAUAUAUGGUGUUCAUUUUUUUAAUGUUGUUUUUAUAUAAAAAAAUUAUUAUCGUAGUGCUUAAUCAAUCGGAUUAAGAUAAGAUGUCAUUUGCGUUUCGUUUUAUUAUUUGAACUUCAUCGGAAAAAUUAACGAAAGGAAAUUGUAAAUUAAUUUGAAGUGUUUAUACAGUGUGUGUCGAGAGAACUAUUUUGAUUUUAGGAGGGAAUAAGGCUAGUCUUGGGCCCAAUUAUUAGUGUUGGGUAUUACCUUAGCCCAAUAACUGUUUAAUACUGAGGGUCAUUUCGACUGGGAUUCUCCAGUUUGUGUCAAGCAAUGAUACAAUAUAAAACCCAGUCAACAUCCCGCGUCCAAUGAAAUUUUGACUCAAGUCAAAAAGCCUUAAUCAUAUUAUGAGUACGAAGUUGGUCAACUGUUGGGUUUUUUUUUUAAAAAAUAUCAAUAUUUAUUUCACUGUUUAAACUGCGUUCAUUCGAUUGUGAAAAUUUGUUUGAUUUGGGGUUAUUAAAGUUACAUGUAUUUUUUAUCCUUAAAUUUUAGUUAGAUUAAAAAGUGCAAAACCGCUUUGAUUUAGUUCUGAAAGGGUCUUCGGGUGUUUUAUUUUGUUUAACGAUGAGACUUGAUUCGAUAACCUAUUCAGCGCCAGACUGACGUAUUAGAUCAGACCAUCCUGUCUUGUGUUCUCAUGAUUCAAGCACGGCCAAAUGGACAAUAAGCCCUCUAAAUUCUAAACAGGAAGUGUUUAUCUCAUAAAUAUCCAUUCCACUAAAUUUUUAUUUUGGAAGAUUAACGGAAGUGGUUUUUUUUAUCAUAUUUAUCUUACUUUGAUUGUCGACUGAUGAACUCAAUAUCAGUUAUAUAUCUCAACAUUGGCUCUUUGUGAGACCUAAAACCGAUAGCCGCUUCUCAAAACAAAUUACAACAAUUAAAAUUGUAUACUAUUUUAAUUGAAUCAAAGAAGGCGUGUAAUUUUAGUUCUAAUCAACCAUAAUGUGAUAGAUGUACUAUUUUUCCAUAUUCAUUCAGCUCCCUUUUUAAGGCAUAUGUACCCCAUUUUAAAGAUAUGUACUCUUUUUUUUUGAAGAUAUAUAUGUACCCUUUUUUUUUUGAAAGUAUAUGUACUCAUUUUUUGAAAGUAUAUGUAUUCCCUUUUGAGAAUUUUUUACUCCAUUUUUAAAGGAUAUAUACCCCUUUUGAAGGAUAUGUACUUCUUUUUAAGGAUAUGUACUCCUCUUGCUGAGAAUAACAAAUUCUUUUUAAGGAUAUGUGGGCACUUUUAAAGAUUGUAUACAUGUACUCAUUUUCAAGGAUAUGCACGUAUUUUUAAAGGAUAUGUACCUCACUUUAAAGGAUAUGGACUCCAUGUUUGAGAAUAUGGACUCUUUUUAAAGGAUUUGUACUCCAUGUUUGAGAAUACGUAUUUCUUUUUAAGGAUACUUACUCCUUUUCAAAAGAUAUGAACUCAUUUUUGAAUGAUGUGUACUCCUUUUCAAGGAUAUGUACGUAUUUUUAAAGGAUAUGUACCUCAUUUUUAAAGGAUAUGGACUCCAUUUUUGAAAAUAUGGACUCUUUUUAAAGGAUUUAUACUCCAUUUUUGAGAAUACAUACUUCUUUUUAAGGAUACGUACCCCCUUUUCAAAGGAUAUGUACUUCUUUUCAAAGGAAAAAUGUUAUCGUUUUCAAAGGAUAUGUAGCCCCUUUUAAAGAACAUGUACCCCCUUUUGAAGGAUAUGUACUGCCAUUUUUUAAAGGAUAUGUACUCCCUUUUGUAAAGAAUUUAUAUACUCUUUUUUUUUUAUUUGAAACGAGAAUUUGUAGCAUUAUCCAUGAAAAUACCAAUGCAAUUCAUUUUUCUCCAAAAACGACUACAUUAUGAAAUAUUAAAGUAAACGUGUAAAUAUUAUUGUGAAAUAUAUCUAUGAUGUAAUUUACUUCAUAGAUAAUGUUAGUAUCAAUUAGGUAACUGAUAUUAUUAGUAUAGUGUGCAUUAUAUAUUUAUUACGUCAUAGAUAUUAUUGUGGUACGUGAUCCUGUGUAUUAUGUCAGAGAUAGUAUGAAUGGAUUGUAUUAUAUAUCCAUGACGUAAUAGAUAUGUAUAUAUCAUACUAUUAUGUAAUUGUAUAGCAAAGACGCCAAUAGUGUAUAAUGUGUAUUGUAUAAUUUAUGACGUCACAUUAUUAGUGUAUAUUAAGUGUAACAUAAUAACUAUUACGCCAUAAACUGUAUUAGUAAGAAACACGUGCAUUUUAUACGUUAUAGAUUGUAGAUUAUUGUAGAUCUGUUACGUCAUAGAUAUAAUGAUUAUAUAAUAUGUAUAAUAUUAUACUAUUAAGCCAUAAAUAUAUUAUGAUAUAAAUUCUAUACUAUAAUGUGUAUUGUGGAUUUAUUACGCGAUAUAGAUAUUGUAGUAUAUAAUGUGUGUAUUACGUCAUAUAUAUUAUCCUUAUAGCUUUAUUAUAUAUAAAUAGUUGUGUGUUGUUUUACCGUCCUUAUAUUAACCAUUUAACAGACAUUUUAAUAUAUUUUCAAGCAUGGUUAAUGUACAACUCUUUUAUACUGACUGACCAAAACAAUCGCUCGUUUUAGAUUUAAUGUUUUAGCGGUACUUCGUCACAUAAGACAUUUUGAGAACGCUUUUUGACACGGUUAUAUGCCCUCUUGUGCCGUCAAACGCGAGAAUUUGUUGUUGUUUUUUUUUGUUUUUUGGGGGUUUUUUAAAAUUAUAGUGACAGGCGAAUGUAACCAGAACAGGGCGUGCAUAGGUUUCAAACUAUAUAAGGAUACAAUCUGAAAUCGAUUGGUAGGAGAAUUUCCUAAGUGAUAAAUUAAAAUUAACCCUUUUCAACAGCAUUAUUUUUCUUUUCAUAUAACCAUGUCUACUGAUUUUAUUCAUAUAUAUAUAUAGUGAUGUCGCUCAUUCAGACUAAUAUAACUAGUAUCAUACAACGAAAAAUAAGUUUCUAGUGCUUCAUUCUCAAAAAUAUUAAAACGCUUUAUUUAUUGACGAUAUAUUACAAAAAGCCCUUACCUAACUAUUCCGGUUUAUAAAAUGAGCCUUGUAGAGCGAGACGAAAUAUGAAAUGGUAAAAUAAAAGUAGGAAGCUUAUAGUCGGUAUUCCCAUAUACUGUCUUCACAAAACGCAAUUUGCAAUCCAUGUGACGGAAAUGGAAUGGAAUGGGGUUUAUUUAACGCCCUACUUUUCCGCACCAACUACAUGGACAUCGGUGCUACGGCCUACACGGUUCCUCGGUUUACCUGCACCACAAGGGGGAAACUGUGCCGGAAAAUCCUGAAGAACUAUCUCGACCAGCACCGGAAGUGAACCCAAGACCUCCUUGUUAGCGAGUCAGCUAAGUCAAAAGGGACUUGAUGACCAUAAUCUGAAUCCAUAUAGAUGAUUGUCAGGACAUUUUGCGAUAUAAAGUGACUAUUCGACAUUUUGUUUGAUAUAGUUCUUGUAAACUUUUAUAUACAGGGUGUUACACCUCACCUACCAUGGAUUAAAAGGAUUUUGUUUGUAUGUGUAUAAUAUGUAUCGAUGCAUCUCAAGUGCAAUAAAAAUAUAUAUUUGCUUCUUA